UGAAUGCACCCAUUGGAGUGGAAGCAAGUAACAGUCAGAUCGAGUGACGAUAUCGUAACGGACUGUAGCGCUCGCCGCGCUACCGCGAAGCAACAAAAAUGGCGGAACUCGGUGUCGCCGAAGAAGUAGACAAUUGCUCUAAGCCGAAGAAAGCGAGGUUGGAGGAUGGGACUAGUGAACAGAGCGAUGACAGCGUCCACGAGACCUUGAAGAACUUAUCGACCUUCCGAGUUAAGAGAAUAUUAAGCAAUAAUACGCAGAAAAAAGUGAUGUGUGUCGAGGGGACGUUCGAGAAUCGUAAGGGCCCGGCAAUUGUCUUGUUCGAAAGAAAAAGUUUUCCGAAUGACGAGAUUUUUCUUAAGACCCUCUUUAACGAGGAAACGCCACUACACAAAGAGUUUCGAAAUGAUGUUUAUGGGAAGUAUGAAUGUUUCCUCACUGAGAAAUACAAUGGUUUAAAUACAACGAUAAUUCAUCCAGCAACUCAGAAACAUAUCGAGAAAUUUCAAGUAAAUCAAUUUCACAUAAUAGAAGAAACUGAAGAGCUUUAUAAAGAAGUGACACUUCCUUACUUGGAGGCUCAACAAUUAUCUUUAGAGUGGGUCGACAAUAUUUUAGAACAUAAGGCAGAGAAAGACAAAAUAAUAUAUGAAAAUAAGGAAAAAGAUGUAGGUUUUAUUUUGAUAUCCGAUCUGAAGUGGGAUGGAGAGAGAGCAACGCUGCAUUUACUAGCGUUACCUUUUCAACGCCUUAAAUCAAUCAGAGAAUUAAAUAAAUCCCAUCUUCCAUUAUUAAAAAACAUCAGAGAUACUGCAACUGCAUUAGUUUUUGAAAAAUAUAAGAUACCCUCUACUCAACUUAGAAUGUAUUUCCAUUACCAACCGACUUACUAUUACCUUCAUGUACAUAUAUGUAACCUCAUGCUGGAAACACCAGGUGUUUAUGCAGAAAAGGCGCAUCUACUUUCAACAGUUAUUAACAACAUAGAAUUAGUACCGGAUUACUACCAGAGGGCAACAUUGGCUUUUGGUUCUUCAGAAUCCGAUCCCUUGUACGCUAAAUUUCAACAAUACAAAUCAGCUAAACAGAACUCUAAAUAAGUGUAAAUUAUAACAAUUUUUUUAAAUUAUCUUUCUUAAUUGCGAGGAAAAAGUUUAGCUUAACGUUAUCAAUUGACUAGAACAUAUGUACUGAUUAUAUGACAAAUAAAAGAAUUAAGCUUAAGGUGAUACGGAGGUACAUUGUCGAGUAUCUUCCAAAGUGUUCUGAUGUAAUAUUAUCGAUGUGAACUUCUAUAAAUAUUCAUUGGAAUCUAAUUGCAAAAUUACAUAUUUAUUUAAUUCUACAAUAUCAACUACAAUAAAAUUUGUCAUAAUUUUGUAUAUUUGAUGAUUACAGAAGAAGUAUGAUGGUGGAUUGGUACAUAUUCAGAUGUGACAACUAUAUUCAGAGCACAUGACUUCCUCAUUAACUUCCUUUGUUAACUGAAUUUAAAGAAUAACAAUUAAACGCGAUAAAAAUCUUAAAUGUAUCAAUUAUGAAUUCAAAUAUUUGUUAAUUAAGUAUAUUAACAAACAACAUAUUAAAGGUAUCACAUUAGCAAAAA